AACCAGAGAGCAUUGCUUGCUGUGAAUUGACCAAUGCCUGUAUGGAAUUGACAGACCCACUGUGCUGGCAGCGUGCGUGCCACUGCCCGCGAAGGGAAGAAGACGAGCGAGGUGCUGUGUGCUGAUUUCUCCUUCUCUAUCUAUCUCACCAUAUCAAACUCAUUCCACAAUGCCUGUAAAUCAUACAUUUCAAGGAGGGAAAGCCUUUGGAUUAUUAAAAGCUCAACAAAGGGAGAGAUGCGAGGAAAUAAACAAGGAAUACAUGGAAGACCAGAAAUACCGGGAUGAGGAGGACCUCCUGGAAAAACUGGAUUCUUUUAAAAACAAAUAUGCAGAGUUUGACCUGAACGACCAGGGAGAGAUUGAUAUGAUGGGUCUGAAGAGGAUGAUGGAGAAGCUGGGUGUUCCUAAGACCCACCUGGAGAUGAAGAAGAUGAUCUCUGAGGUGACCGAAGGCAUCAGCGACAGCAUCAACUACAGAGACUUCGUCAAGAUGAUGCUGGGCAAGCGCUCGGCCGUUCUCAAACUGGUGAUGAUUUUUGAGGACAAGGCUAACGGGGCCAUCUGUAAGCCUGAUGGGCCUCCACCCAAACGGGACAUAGCCAGCCUGCCAUAGACCCAGGACAUCCAGAGCCUCUAGACCUAUAUCACCUUUCUAGGACCUUACCGGGGCCCCUGCCCUCAGCCAGGGACGUGUACAUAGCCUUAUCAACUCCCCACCUCAGGAUGUGCACGCGUCCCAGAAGGGGGGGGGGGGGGUUCUCCUCCUCUGUUCAAAACAUGUGGGGAGAAAAAAGAGACGAAGGGAAUAAAAUAUAUAUAUUUGCUGUGAAGACAAGGCAGAAUAGCUUUUUUAAGACCAGUACAUACAUGUAUAUAUCUAUAUUGACGAUGAUGAGAAAAUAAGUAUUUUUAAUUAGUGUGAGCACUCGUAACCCCUUGGCGAUAACCGUGUAAUUUGAGUCUUUUGUGAAUAUGAGCAAUGUGUUGUUUGCUGGGAUCAAACUAACAGAGGUGACAAUUUUGUGAUAUCCUCAGUAUGCAUGUGCAAGUGUAAUGUGUUGAUGCAAAGAUUGUGUGUCAACAACUCAUCCGUUAUGAAGCGGUCUGCGUGUCUGGAUACUAGUGAAUUUAUCAGUGGUCCUGUUUUAUCAUGAUUUCAAUGUAGUAUUAAUCAUUUUACAGAUGUAAUCAAUUCGGUAUAGUUGUAGUCAGUGAUACAGUGGCGGGUAAAUGCCAUUUACACAACUUUUGCAAAAAAAUUCAAGGAAUAGGAAGCGUUACUUUUUUUUUUUUUUUACUGGUUGUGUUUAGAGGGUUUGUAAGGGAAAAUUGCUUGAACAGUUAUUAGGGAAACUAACCCAAGUCAUUCAGAUAUUAUUUUACACCUCUCCCUCAUUUUACUCCCCGCACCAAAUGAUCUAGUUCCUCUUUUAGAUUUUAGAUUUUUAAUCGUGUGAAAGUACCAUGCUGGUUAUGAAGCACAAGGAAUAAAAAGAGCUCUGUUUUUGGAAAACCUUUUAUACACAGUUGUCAAGAUCAUCCCACAUGAUGGAUUGUUGCCAUGCUGCAGACUCCGCUUGGUCAUUGUCUCACUAUAUGUCAGGUGUGACAGAUUAUGGCCCAACCCCAUUCUUCCAGACUAGAGGUGGGUUACUUUAGUUGGGAUUAGGAAGCGGUCGGUGGUGCGAUAGAUUAAGAGUCAGAGUAUGACUAGAUCCGGUGUUGUAGAUUGACACUGGCUUCCUCAACCUAAAGGAGCAGGAUAGAUGGGGUCGAGUUUACUAGCACUUCACGUGGAUUUAUGGAGGAUUAGUUUUAAGGCACAGGCACACACUGAAGAUUCUCAGCAUGUUAGUAUAAAUUAUGAUGGAAACACAUUCUUUCCAAGUGCCUAAAGUAAUGUUGAGAGAAGAGGAGAGGAAGUUAGUUAAGCUCUAUUUUCCUUCCUGAGCUGUAUUUGGGAAAAUAGUUUUAAAGGUGUUUAUUCAUGUGUAUGUUAGGGUUAGGUGUUCCUUUUUUGAUAAUGUUCCCCUAGGUCUAUGCUGUCUCAGGUACAAUUUUGAAUGACUGGAUCUCCAAAUACAUAUACAGUACAUCUAUGACGUGAUGUUAGAUAUGCAGUUCAAUCAUGCCAGUUUCCCAAAUGUCCCCGCCUGACUAUCCUAGUCUUCAUAGUGGUACUCUUCUCAUUUCUAUCUCGUCUGUAAAAUGUUAUGAACCUGUCCCAUUUCAAAUUGUGUUAUCCCCGUCUUGCCAUGUUUUACUAUAAUCUUGUUAUUAUCUCGUCUCAUUCUGUUCUUCAUCGUCGUCUUUCAUUCCCCCUAUCAGUCCGGGUUAAUUUGUUUUUCCCAUAAAUUCUCCAGUUUCUGUGCCUCACUGUUGCUCUUCUAUUGUUUAUUUUUUUCUCACGCUUAACAUGGAAUAUAAUAGUAAGAGUAGUAGUUUAAUGUGUUAGCUUUACAUGUUUUUGACUAUGUCAGUUAUGUACUUUUAUUUCCAGUGUGUUGGGUGGUGGUGUUUUUAAUGUUCUUUUCUUAUGAUGCACUUAUUUUUGCCAAAACCAAAGCAAUUAAAGUUAUUUGUUACACUGGCAUAUUUGUUCUUGGGUAGUUUGUUGUAUGAAUAAUUCUACCAUUGUAGGAAAUAUUCCAUCAAACACUGAAACCAGUUUUCCAGUUUUUCCUGUACUGUUUGUAGAUUGGAUGGUAUAGAGGUUUGAUGCUGUAACUUUUAGGAAUAGACAGGAUUCCCUUAUGUUACAGUGUGUUUAAUUAACAUAAACAUAAUGGACAUGGAUUUGGUUAUUUUAAAGAUAAAAACAUGUUUUAACGCA